AGGAUAAAGUAAAACAGAGGGAGGAGGGAUAAUUGAGCAACAGAGUCAGGGAUGACUAACUCGCACCAGAGGAGAGAUAGAGAGAGCAGGAGGAGGAGAGGAAUAAAAUAAUAGAGAUAUAUGAGUGUGUUAAAGGUAAGCGGAAGUUAAUGUUACAUAUUAGCAGUGUUUUACUGAAGAGCUCAAUGGGUACGGGGACGAAAGUAGGAGAAGAAACAGGCUGGUAUAUUUUAAAGUGACAAACAAAGGACAAUACAUUUAUAUCACCAGAAAACCAGCGCCAGCGAAGGUCAUAGGAGGUCCAUCGGGACCAAAACCGUUUUAGCUGCACCUUCCCAUGAAAUACACACCCUCCCCUGCACCAAGAGAGAACAUUCCUUCCCUCAAACUAUCUGCAAACCUGCAGUGUACAGUUUAGAAGACAACCACACCUGAGAGAGAGCAAAUGACAGGAACACUAGACAAGCAGAAGAAUUUGCCCCAAGGAAGGCUUGAUGAAAAAGGAACAUGAGACCCUGCAGAAGAGAGAAAAACAACCACAGUCAACCAUGAGUAUAAGCCAAGCCUCCAACACCACAGAGAGCACAUCUGUGACAGAGACCCUCUCUUCCUUCACCCCAUCCCCACCUCUCUCCCUCUCCCCCUGCAGUAUUGACGAGUCCUACAAGUACAUCUUCCUCCCUCUCUGCUACUCCCUCACCUUCUUCUUCAGCCUGACGCUUAACUCCGUUGUCCUGGUGCGCUCCUGCCGUCGCUAUGGUGGCUGUCGCCACGGCAAUGCUCACCGCCGCUGGACCACGUCUCUGAUCUACAUGGUGAACCUGGCAACCACGGACCUGAUGUACGGCCUGUCCCUGCCCUUCCUGGUGGCCAGCUACAUGCUGCGAGACCGCUGGGUGUUUGGGGACUUUAUGUGUCGCCUGGUGCGUUUCCUGUUCUACUUCAAUCUCUACUGUUCCAUCUUCUUCCUCACCUGUAUCUCCGUCCACCGCUAUCUGGGCAUUUGCCACCCCAUGAGGACCAUCACCCUGGAGAGCAAGGGGGCUGUGAGGGGGACCUGCGCCAUGGUGUGGGUGGUGGUGUUUGUGCUUACUUGUCCCAUCUUUAGGUUUGCCCAGACGGGGUAUGUGGUGAGAGGAGGAGGUGGUGGAGGGAGGGCAGGAGAGCGGGGGAAUGGAUCUGAGGAGGAGGGGGGUGGAGAUGUAGUCGGUGGUGGGCCGAAGGUGUUUGUGAACUGUUGGGAUGAUGCUAUUGAUAAUGAGUUUGCAGAAUACGUCCCAUACGGCCUCGUCCUGCACCUACUGGGGUUCUUCGUCCCAUUCACCAUCAUCGCAUGGUGCUACUCCCAGGUAGUCAGGACCAUCUUUAGGACCCUGCAUUCCCCAUCCAGCUCCCAGGUGGGAGGAGACGAGGAGGGAGGUGGUGGGGGAUCAGAAGGGCGCAGGGAGAGGACGUCCAUCUCCAUCUCCAGCUCACAGCACUCCCAUUACAUCCGCAGGCGCCGCAAGUCCAUCAAAACCAUCAUCACCAUCACUCUCCUGUUCGCACUCUGCUUCCUCCCCUUCCAUGUUACCCGGACACUAUUCCUGCUCCUCAGGAGGGGUCAGAUGGGAGGAUGCAAUGCCAUGAAGACAAUCUCUAUCUGCUACAAGGUCACUAGGCCACUGGCCUCCUGUAAUGCCUGGCUGAACGCUCUCCUGUACUUCCUCACUGGUGACAAGAGUGUCCCCUGCUGUGACACGGCCAGUCGGCAUGACCACCACCGCAACCCCUCUCUCUGGCCACUGAGGAUCCUGAGGAAAGACAGAGUGGGAGAGAAGGAGGAGGUGAAGAGAGAAAAGAAGACGGAAAAGGUGAAGGAGGGGGAGAUUCGUCGGGACAAUGAGUCAAAGUCUUCUGGGAUUGUCUUUUAGGAGAUUUUACGUUUAGAACAAAUAUGGAAUCGUUUAAGUGUACAUUUGUGUGUGUGUGUGUGUGUAUUUUUUUGGGGACAUUUCUAUUUGGGACACCUAGUAGUUUUGCACUUUAUUUCAUUUGGACUUGUUACAUUUGUUACUUUCUCAGUCGGCAUGUUGACAUUAAAUGCAGGUCAAGUUAUCAUCGUGAA